AAGUUUCUAGGCGCUAUUUUGCUGUCAUCGUCACUACUCUUAACCUCAGCUCCUUUAUGCCGUCUUCUUUUUACAUCUCAGCAUAUGCUUGACCAAGAGAAACAUCACCUCAAGACCUUUGAAGAACUGAUUCCCAAGAACCGUGUUCGUCCCACAGCGCUUCUUCCGAUUUUCAGCAUUGCUGCAUAUGCGGUUGGCGUCGCAACCGCUUUACUUGGCGAGAAGUCCGCGAUGGCCUGUACGGUUGCUGUGGAGUCAGUUGUGGGCAACCACUACAACGAUCAGAUUCGAGAACUUCUUCAGGAAGAUCCAAAGGCGCAUGCUGAACUCCUACAGACCCUCAAGCAGUUUCGCGAUGAAGAGAUGGAGCACCAUGAUACCGGUCUUGCAAAUGAAGCCGAAAUGGUGAGAUGGGCGUUUCAUAAUUUGGCGCUUGAACUUCUUUGUUCACUACUUCUUACUUGGUCACAUCCUUGA